CCACCGCUCUUGGGGGACAAGCCACCAAUCGUUCAGUGAUGGAGCCCAGUGGCAAAAAUAACCCUCAACGCUGUGUGUUCGUGCACGUGUGCGUGCGUGUCGGGCUGCUACUUCUAAUAAUAGAGGAGGGAGUCUAACUUCUCCUUUCAGAGCCUACUUGUUGCUUACUCCAAUAAAAAAAAAAAAAGUAACAAUGGUUAUCAAAGUGUUUCUCGCCACCUCAUCGGGAUCCACGGCGAUCAAGAAGAAGCAACAAGAUGUGGUGGGCUUCCUGGAAGCAUUGAAGGUGGACUACACUCAACUGGACAUUGCCUGCAAUGAGGAGAACCGCAAGUGGAUGAGGCAGAAUGUACCAGAGGAGAAGAAACCCUCCAAUGGCAUCCCACUUCCCCCUCAGAUCUUCAAUGAAGAGAGCUACUGUGGGGACUAUGAGACGUUCUUUGAUGCCAAGGAAGACAACUCUGUAUAUGCCUUCCUGGGGUUGGCCCCUCCUCCUGGUUCAAAGGAAGCACUGCAGGCUGACGAGGAAGAACACAUUAUGGAGAACGGCACUCACAUUGAAGAAACCACCGAGGAGGGAACCCAAGAUGAAUCCAUAGUUCCAGAGGUAGAUCGUAAUGGGGACGUACAUGGAGACCAGGAGGACACAGAGGAAGGCGAAGGUCUUGAGGAGGAAAUGGAGCCUGAAGGAAACGAAACCACUGAAGGAGGAGAAGAUGAAGAACCCGAAGAUACAGGUCAUGCAGAGGAAGAUGAAGAACAGGGAGAAGAAGAAGAAGAAUACUUGGAAGAAACACAGCAGGAAGAAGAGGCUUAGUAGUUGAGCCAAGGGAACGCACGGACGCCCUCCCAUUUUUAGUUUGUCCAGCCUGAAGGAGCCUCCUGUGACAACUGUCCCUGACCCCUGACCAUUGGCCACUUCGGCUCCUUUCGGCAGCAUCUUGACUCCUCCCCCAAGGCGGCGCUGCACCCGCAUUGGAACAAAGAAAACAAACCAAACAAAACACUGGCCCUGUGCUUGAAGAUGUCAAGUGAAAAGUCACCAUGGCCUUUUCUUCUCUUCUGACUGCAGCGAUAGAUUGAAUUUUUAUAUUUGACAUUUAGAUACUGACUGUCGGACUAACAAAAAAUGUGCAGAGUAGCAUAGCACUGCAAAUAUGACUUUAAUGUUAUUUUGACAAACGCACGUUUUACAUUUAAAGACAAAAACUGACCCUGGCAUACAGUUUCUUCUUUCCUCAAGUUCUGUUUAGGGGUUUAGACUUCCUCCCGCUUUGAAUUUUAUUUUUCAGUUGCUUUAUCAGUGCAAUGCAAACGCACUCGCUGCAUGGAUACGACAAACAAAGAUUUCUAAUGAGGAAGACAAAAACGCAUCUUGAAACGCUACAAGCUAAUCCAUCACUGUGAUGACCUCUGGCAAAGCUGUUUGUCGGAAACGAUGCACUUUGUUCAAAGAAAUAUAUGACUAAGACAUAGAUGCAAUGGAAAAGCCAAUAAAGUGAAACUGGUUUUAAAAAAAAAAAAUCAUGACUAGCUGGCUAUAUUUAGUAAGUGUUUGCAUAUUUAUA